UUUUUUUGCCGUUUUUCCUUCCGAAGAGUCAAUGAGUAGCGCGGCUACUGUGUGUAUGUGCAUUUCUAGAAGCAAACAUCAAUUGAUUACGCUCUUCAUAACAUUUUUUUUUAUUGUGAAUUCAAAGCCGGAAAGUUAAAAGAAAAACGAGAAAAAAUCAAGUGAAGGCACAUAAAGUGAAAAUUGCACUAAAAAUCCAACCAGUGCCAAGAAUACCAAAGAGAAAAAAAUCAAAGAAUUAAAGAAGAAAAACGAACGAAAGUGGAAAAGACGAAGCGAACAAAUAAAAAAUUUAUCGUCGAAAAAUAUACAUUAGCUUCAGCGUGAGCUCUUCAUUCAAUAAAUUGAAUUACCAAUUGAAAGUUGUACUCAGUUCAAUCGGACCUAUUGUGGUCGAUUUUACAACGGAUUUCAUGGUGACUGGAGCUCUUGUUUUGGUCAUCAAAUGAAUGAAGAGAAAAUACAAAAUUAAGUGAAAGGUGGAAAUAAUCAAAACUUUUGUAAUUUUUUCGUUGUCGAUUUCGUUUUUUUUUUAUCGUUCGCCCUCCACCCUUGCAUCUCUCAUUCGUCAUCGUGUGAUGGCAUAAACACGGCCAUACAGUGUGGAAAAUGGACUGAAAAUUUAAUUUCACUUUUUGUGUGUGUGCAAGGAUGUCGGUCUGUUAUUGUGGUUCGCAGUGAAGUCUUGUGCUUUUCAUUCUCGCCAACCCAAGAGAACUAAGUCAACGUCGAACAAUCGAAGUGACAACAUGUAUCCAUGGGAAUAAAUAAAUGGCUGUUUUUAGUAAGAGACAGAGAAACCGUGUUACACAUUUUUGUCAAUGUGUUUGAGUUCCAUAUCUCACGUUCUAGCGGACUCGAAGCGAUGCACACCAAUUGAAUUUGAAAAAGAAAAAAAAAACAAUUUCGCGAGCACACAACAUACAUUCGAACAAUUGUUGUUGACUAGGUGCAUUUUUGUAUGUGUAUGUAUACACUUUUGUGAAUUUGUUAUGUGAAAACUAAAGCCAUUGCGAGUUUGGGUUUUUUUUUUUGAAACUGCAAAUUUGUGUGAACGGGAAAUUUUAUGGUAUUUCAACGACAAAUUCCCAUUUCGGUUUACCAAAAUCGAAACAAAACAUCAACGUAGUAAACUUAAAACAAACACAUCUAAUCACAAUUGAACAAACAGAUAAAAACUAUUGAUUGAAAUGUCAGUUGCAAAUGAAUGUAUGAACAUUUAGUUUCUGAACAAAGAAAAAAAAAAAUCGGACCAAAAGUUCGCGAUUAUUUUUAUUUAUAUAAAAAAAAUCAAAACAAAAAAGUCCGUUUUAAUUGAACGGGGAAUUGAAUUUAAAAAUAACGCUGAAAGAAAACGAAAAAACAUCAACAGUUGAGAAAAUAAAAAUUACUUAGUUUAAAUUAAGUGUCGCCACAUCGAAGUCUCUCAUCAUUAUUGUCGUGGUUGUCGUGGUUGUCAUCGACGUCAAUAUAUUCAUGGAUCGUGAAAUUUAUUUGGAAAAUAUACUCUCACACAACAAAACAGAGAUCGCAAAGAAACUUUUUAACAAACAAACAAAUUAAGUACAACGAGGCACAUGAAUAAAGUUAAAAAAAAUACAGAAUCAAGCAUCUAUCGUUCAACGUACCACGGUGUGUUCAUCGGCAACAUAAUUCGAUAGAGACAACGGCUACAUUAUUUGUUAAUGUAUAUAUGCGUUGUUUUAACUCGAUUGUGUUAUUGUUUAUUGCCGUCAUUUUUAUCAUAAACAUUGUGUGUACUCAGAGUUGGAAUCGGUUAAGAAAAUAAACCGAUGACAGAAUCAGAAAGAGAAAGAUAGAUUCUCACGGCAAAAACUCCACGGCAACAAAUAAAAAAAAACAUUUGCGCAUAAAACGAUCACCGAAUUAGUGGCAUGUUCAUCACGCUGCAAAGAGAAUAUUUCGUCUCUAAGAGAGGGAAUGAACGAACGAAGCGCAGCUUGUUACUUUGGCUAUUAAAUUAAAGCAAAAAUCCAUUAAACUUCCUGUUGUGUGUAUGUGCAAAGUGCCAUAUAUUGAAUUGAAUGUACUGAAUUAUAGUGAAGAAUUUGUGCUCCUCACUCUAGCCGCACGAUUUCCAGUCAUGUCCCUUUUGCACAUUCAAUUUACCAAAUUGAACGAAUAAACUUCAGAGCGAAAAAAAGUUGCAUCAGAGCAGAAUAAAAAGAAGGAGUCAAUAAGCAAAAGAGAGAUAACGAGAGAGAGAGAAAACGAAAGAAGAGAAUAAAAAACAAACAAAACAAAAACAACUACAACGAAAGUAGUAGUAAGCACACCACCAGCAAGUACUGUAAAACAAGUCAAGAGCGUGAGCAUAAAAAAUGCAUUCACAGCAUAUUUGAAAGACAUCUAUACACAUAAAGACGGUCAAAAGAAGUAUCAUAAUGUGGCUUUUUUUUGUUUGCAAGUUAUUUAAAAAAGUGUGUACCUAAUUCAUUUGCUCGUUAUUGUUUCCUUCGUGCGAGAUAAAGUGUGCGUGGGUUGAGAGCCACUUCUCUCUUGAUUUUCGCUGGUGGUGCACAAGAUAUAACAGCCGUGUGUUGCAAUUUGGGGUGCCUGUAUAUACAAAUUUAUAGAGAUAGAUAUUGUAUGUGGGUGAAAAAUUGUGAAUUGUUGCCAGUGUGUGCACUUUAAAACUUGAAAUCAAUUGAGAAAAAUGAAGCGAGCGAGCGUACAAUAUCAGCAAGCAAAACGACAUAGUAAUUGCAUUGUAACUAACGGUAUUCAUGUCUAUAUUACUCGUCUAUGAGGCUUGUGUUUAACGUUUUGCACUUCAUCACACAUCGCAUAUGCGAGCACAUUGUAUUGCAUCGCAUUUACAUCUUACUUCUUCAGCUUUCACCGUGUGCAUACACACUUGCCACUUGCUUGUCAUGGAUUUUACGCGUUGAUUCAAGUUAACAUCCAGGAAGCAAGCAUGUAAAAUCGAGAGAAAAGGAAAGCAAAACACUUGAAAAAUUAUUAUGUGAAUAUAUAUAUAGAUAUAUAAAAAAGACAUCCACUUCGUAGCUGUGAAUAAGUAUAGAGCGCAUUUUUUUUUGCCAACGAUGAGUUUCCGUCUUGAUGUGUGUAUGUGUGAGAUUGUAUGUUUUUUUGUUGCUCACACGACGAAGUAGAAAAAUAGCGAUGAAAAUCUAAGAGUUUCACGGCGUACUUCUACGAAAAGUGAAUGAUAAAGAGAGUGCGUGUCGUCAAGUGAGCGGUCGCGUGCGCGCAUUCAUAUCCGUUCAGUAUCAGUAUCAGUAAAUUUCUAUGAGUACUAAUGAUGUGAGAACGUUGGAUUUCCUGGCGCACAACUUUAUUAACCCUCAUUUUAUGUUUCGAAACAUCGCCUUAAUUUUCCAAUCAUUUCAUGUUGUUGCAGCGAAUAAAAUGAACUUGUGAACAAUUCCGUGUAAUUUCAUACACCCCCAAGAUAAGUAACAACGAAACGAAUUCGCUGACUGUAAUAAAAUACCCCCCCAAAAAAAGAAAAACAAAAAGAAUUACAAAUAGUAUCAAGAACAAAUAACUGAAGCUGAUAAAACAAACAUACAAAGUAAAUUGAAGUGAAAUGAAAAUCGACAACGUAGAGUGAAUCAUCGAAUGUUGUUUUAUUUUUAUUCGUUUCGUUUUAACAUAAAAUAUAUAUGAAUAUCGUAAAUGUGUAAAAUAAAUACAAAUUAUCAAAAUAUUUUGGUAGAACAAAGCCGAAAAAAAAAUUAACAAGAAAAACACACCGAAAAAGGUUGGGGAAGACUGAAAGAAACCGAAAGGGAAAAUGAAAUAAAUCGAAAUCUGUAAAAAGUGACAAAUUGAGGUCAUAUUGAACGGUAAUAGAAAAUCACGAUCUCGAUUCAAUGGUUUUAAAUAACGCAACUGGAAUACAACAGACACGAAGAGAAGAGAAAGGGAACAAGUGGAAAAAACAGAAGAAAAGCCAACUGAUUCGGCUUAUUGAUCAGAUCGAAAUUGAAUUGCGUAUCGCCAGUGGUUGGUAGUGUAAAUGUGUGUGACUACUGUGUUACACCAACAACAACAACAUAAACGAGCAGCUCCGACGACUACAAUACGGGGACCAAUCACACCAUCAUGCAUCAAUGCUCCACCUAAUUCAUGGACGUAAAAAAUGCAGCACAAUGAAUAAAAUCCCCAAACGAAGCGGAAUUGCUUAAUGUGCGUUUGAAAAAAAGAAAAGAUUAAUGCAAAUGAAGUUUAAUGCACGCUUUGUAAUAAAUAAAAAUCGCAAAAUAUUAAAUUAUGACUGAGCACCGGAAUAAAUUAAACUAUAGUGGCAACAAAAAUAGUUUGCAUAGUGGAAAAUAAAAACCAACUAAUCUUAAAACGUUUGAGAACAGAAAUGCGAAGAGAAAAAAUAGGGCCAUUCAACAUUCGAAUGGUUAGAACCGUCUGCGGCACAUCAACGCAUAAUCGUCUGCUUGAUGAACUUCAAUGAGAAAAACUUUCGAAUUAAUAAAGAUAACAAUAGUCUGGAGUAAGAAAAACGACGAUAGCAAAAAAAUCAAACAAGAGAAACAUAUAAACAACUGUCGAAGCAGAAAAACAACGAGCAUUUUUUUCGGUGAAAGAGACAAAACAAACAAAUAGAAAAAAAUUAUCAACGGGAAAUUGAUUCGAGCGUAAGAGAAAUCGAUAUCAUAAAAACCAUUGUUUUCAAACAUAAAUUAUAACGUAUGGUUAAGGUUAGUAGUGUUAAGUGUGUGCAAAGAAAAUAAAUUGUGCAACUUUAACAAGAAAAAAAGGGAGCAGGGAGAGCAAAAAAAGAAGAAAAAAGAAUAAGAAGACAUUUGAUGUGAAAAAGAAUAUGAGUUUGUAGUGGUAGAUCGUACACAUACAAGAAUAAAACUCUGUUAAUGCUUGUUUGUAGUGACACAUUAAAACAUUCACCCAGAAUGAAUGAUUAGCUAACGACGACCAGUGACACCUCAUUGCAGUGCUUAUUCAUUGACCGGACUUUUUUUUGUAAAUGUAUAUAUGAGAGCUAGAGACCGUACGGGGGCGGCAAAUCGACAAAAAGCUUUUAGACGACAUUCGAAAAUACACUUGAACAAUUUUAAUGAUAUACUUGAAUUAUCCUUCUAUCAAAACCGAAAACAAAAAACAACACAAAUGAACAAGAAUGUGCGCGCUAGCGUAUUUCAAACAUAGAAAUUAAAUAACACGAAAAAGAGAAAUUAGAAAAAGAAAACAUUCAUUCAAUUGACAUAAACGUGAGUCUACAGAAAAGUUACGGGUGAUAGUGUAUGUGUUUGGUGCUCACUUUACCGAACAUCAUCUAUCAUCGAUAAAACAAGCAACGACACAGCUAAUAAAUACACCAAACGAACCGAAUAGUUGUAACAUAUGGAAUGGACCAAGCACGUUGUGCUACUCACUUAGUUGAACAGUAGCAGCAACAACAACAGAAGCAGCAGCAAUUGUACCAGCAUUCGAUAUAAUACAUUUGGCUUUUGUGGAGCAUACCCGCAUCUACAUUUUUCAUCAUUGUUGGUCUGUUUCGAAAAAUACUAAACACAUCACAGCGUAACUAAAUCCCCCUCUAUCUUCACCCACACACCACUGCAACUUGAUGAUGAAAUACAGCACAAAAAUAUGCAGACAUAUCAAAUAAUUGUUUUAUUACUGUUCGUAGCAUCACAAGCGACCAGUGAUGAUUGGACGUCCAGCUGUCCAACGAAUUGUACAUGCAAAUGGACGAAUGGAAAAAAAUCGGUGAUUUGUAAUGCGCUCCAGUUGACCGCGAUACCAACAACAUUGAGCACAGAGGUUCAAGUGCUCGUACUCAAUGAGAAUGACAUUGUGACGUUGAAUAGCGAAGAAUUCACAACACUGGGAUUGGUUAAUUUGCAGCGAAUUUAUUUAAAAAAAUCGGGUGUCACGUCCGUGCAUCGUGAUGCAUUCAAAAACUUGAAAAUUCUCGUUGAAAUCGAUUUGAGCGAGAAUUCGAUUGAAACGCUUGACAAAAAUACAUUCAAUGGCAAUGAUCGAUUGCGGAUAUUGUAUUUGAAUGGGAAUCCAUUAAAAAUGUUGAUGGCAUAUCAAUUUCCGGUAUUGCCACAUUUGCGCAGCUUAGAUUUACAUAAUUGUCAAAUUAACAGCAUUGAUCCGUUGGCAUUUGCGAAUUUAGAGCUUUUAGAAUUACUAAAUUUAAAAAAUAAUUUACUGGAGAAUUUGGUUGAGCCAGUGUUUCAGUAUAUGCAAAAGUUGAAAACGUUACAGCUGGAGGGCAAUCCAUGGCGAUGCGAUUGUCAUUUACGACACUUUCGAAAUUGGUAUGUGAAAAAUCAUGAGAAAAGCGCCAGUUUACGAUGCACCAAUCCAAUGGCAUUACGAACGAAAAUAUGGUCGAGCAUCGAUGAAUCACAAUUUGGAUGCCAGCCAACAGUUGAUGUGUACAGUGAGGAUAUAUUCAAUGUUGAUAUUGGUAGCAAUGUGACGCUGAGCUGCUUGAUUUACGGCGAUCCAUUACCGACCGUUGCAUGGGAAUUGAAUGGCCGUGAUAUUAUAAACGAUAACGUACUGACUGAAGAUGAAACAAUCGGCAAUAAAUUAUGGCGCAAUAUUACCAUAUUGAAUAUCACAAAUUAUGACGCUGGAAUCUAUGUUUGUUCUGCACGAAAUGAUAUCGGUUCUGCAAGCCGAAACAUCAGCAUUUACCUAACGGAAAUUGUGCAGCAUGUCAUCGAAAAAGGUCCCGAAACAUUUUGGUAUUUUGGUUUAAUACUUGGUACAUUUGGCACUGUUUUCUGUUUGAUUACCAUUUCGUUUCUGGUGUGUCUGUGUAAAAAGACGACGCGACGACGGCGUAGCAUAAAAAACAUUAAAGGCAGUGUCAGUUUUAAUGAUCAAGAAAAGAAACUACUUGAUCUUAGUAUAACGACAAACGAUCGACAGGACAGCGGUGAAGUGGCCAAUACGCCAUCGGUGGCCAAACAAGAACCGGUCAUAGCUUUAGAACCAGUACAAAUAACCAUUGAAAAUUUAUCGCGAAACGAAGAGUUUCCGAUGAAUGUGGGUGUGUUUACACCGCCGCCUGAAUUUUGUUCUAAUGUAUCGAAUCCAGCAUAUGGUAAUAUAUUCAUAUCGGUACAACUAACUCAAGACGUAAUCGACAAUCCUGAGCAAAUGUAUCCAGAUCUAUUAAAUAUACCGAAUCGGGUCAUUGGCAAAUUAUUCCCAAUCAAUGUAUCAUCGUACGCGACAUUACCGCGAAAUCGACAUCAACGUACCGGCAGCCUGGGCAGUGGCAAUGGCAACAGUACCAGCGGAAAUGGUACAUGUAGCGGUGCGUCCAGUCGAAAUCAGUCAUCGACAGCCGAUAGUAAAAAUACACGCCUUCAAAAUGUAAUAAAUUAUCAGAACUUAGAUACGACAACGCACCAUCUCACUGAAAAUGGUUCGAUUGGUCUGUGCACUAGUUGCCUGAAGAAACAAGACAACGGCAAAACAACAAUUGUCUAUCCAACCAAAUACGAUAAUAUGGGCAGACGAAUAACGGCCAGUGGUAAUUCAAUACUCUCCAUACCUGAUGAAGAAAAAGAAAGUGCCAUCGAUUGUGUGAACAUUUCAAGCGAUAUGACUAGUGUAUCGGCUAGUUGCGUUAGCAGUGGCAUCGAUUCAAGCGGUGCUAGCACAUCAAGAGCUGCAAUCAUUUCGGGAUCGAUCGGACCAAAUACGGGAUGCUCAAGUAAGAACAUGUGCUCGGCAAGUAAUGUCACAUCUGGUCUUGUGGGUAGUACCGUCGCUACCACUGCCAUUGUCACCAAUCCCAAUACAAACGGCAGCACCAACAUAAAGAGCAAUAGCAAAUUAAGUGAUAGAGAUAGUAGAGUGGCAGAUGACAAAAUGAGAGAUGCACAAGGUACAUUGUUAUUGCCAACUGGUUGCGAUUAUGUUUCGCUGUAGCAUAUCUAAGGGAGAAACCAGUUCAUCGAAGGAACUAUCUAAAUAUUAAGCGAUGGGAAUUUUGCCAAUGACAAUGUCCACAUGAUUUUUUUUUACAUCUUCUCUAUCUAAUGUGGAGAAUUCAUUGAUGGGCUCCGAUUAAACAACUCACACAUACACACACAUAUAUAUAAUGAUCAUGACUUCUUGCUGCAUACUAUAUGAGGUAUAUAUACACUUUAAUCGAUUAUUCUAGAUAACUUCAAAACAAAAGAACAAAACAGAUGAAAAAAAAGAACGAUAUAAAGUGGUAGAACAAAUAUAUGGCGACGAUAAAAUUGCGGAAACUACAUUGAUUUUCAUUGAUUCAAAGACGUUGCUACUCCAAAAUGUUGUCCACCAUUUUAAAACCUCAUAUACAUUUUAUUUCCAUGCCAUUUUAAUGCAAUGCAGUGUUAUUCUCUCAUCUCUCUUUCUAGUUAAAAACAAAUUAUGUCUGCACAUUUUUCGAGAUCGAAUAGUUUGGUUCAUUUGGAUAUGAAAUAGUAAAAUAUUGAAAAAGCAAACACAAAAGAAAAGAAACCACUUGAUCAACGCAUAAAAUCAUUUAAAUAUGAACAAAGAAGAAAC